AUGUUUCCGAUUAGAUUUAUUAACAUUCUUCAAAAUUUCAAGAUUCAAAAAAGAAGUAGAACUAAGAUGGUCACUACGAGAAAAAGAAGAUAUCCUCAUGUUGAAGUUAAAUUAGAAGAACCUUCUGAGGGUGCUGAAGAAGUUUUAUCUCAUUAUUUUACAAAAAAGGUAAAAAAUGAGAAGGAUGAUAAUGAACUUGAUAAAUUACUAACUAUCCAAGAUUAUUCAAAUGUCGAUACAGAUUGGGUAAAGACUCUAAACUCUAAAGAGUACUUCGAAUACAUUGAUAAGAUGACUAUAGAUUCUAAAACCAUUUGGGAAACUCCUUUAGAUCCAAAACUUUUUGAUAGGACAAAUAAUCCGAAAUUGCCAGAUAAUUUUUUACCAAUUUAUUCAAGAAUCAGACUAAUGAGAUCAAAAUUGAAAACACCUGUAGAUGUCAUGGGUUCAGCAGCCCUUCCGAUAACUGUAGGCGGGAAAUGUGGACUAGGCAAAGAAGUUAUAAAGCCAAUUAAUUACAGACUGCAAUUAUUAGUUGGUGUCAUGCUGUCUGCACAAACAAAAGAUGAGGUAACAGCACAGGCAAUGUUAAAUAUUACCAGAUAUUGUAUUGAUGAGCUUCAUAAUCCAGCUGGUAUCACUUUAGAAACCUUGUUAGAGAUAGAUCAAAAUGUAUUGGAUGAAUUAAUUCAUUCUGUUGGAUUUCAUACAAGGAAGGCAAAGUUUAUAAAAGAAACAGCCAAGGAAUUACAAGAGAGAUUUGACUCUGAUAUACCGACAGAUAUAGAUGGACUUUUAUCCUUACCUGGGGUAGGCCCAAAAAUGGGGUAUCUUGCUUUGCAUAAAGCUUGGGGGAAACUCGAUGGUAUAUGCGUAGAUGUUCAUGUUCAUCGGUUAUCUAAAUUAUUUAAUUGGGUUGAUCCCAAGAAAUCUAAAACUCCAGAACAUACUCGCAAAGCUUUGCAAGAAUGGUUACCGCGAUCGUUAUGGUAUGAAAUUAAUACAGUGUUAGUUGGUUUUGGUCAAGUCAUAUGUAUGUCAAAGGGUAGAAGGUGUGAUAUAUGUUUAGCUAAUACAGUGUGCAAUGCAGUUGAUAAAAAAUUAGUUGCUAAAGGAUUUAAUUCGCGAUUGGUCAACGUUGAUGAGAGUUUUAAAGCUAAACGAGGUGAUUUUUCACAAUGGUUGCAAUAUUUACAAAAUGAAGCACAAAAUUCAACUGAUUUAAGGGGAACCUUUAAUAAUAGGGGGAAAACACAGAAUCUACCCGACGAUGAUUCUGUCGAGCUUCCAAUUAAAGUGAAAGAGGAAAUAGAACAUUCUAUUGUAAAAGAUGAAUUAUUUUAA